GUUGCCGCCUUUGAAUUUCCUUGGCAUCUACCAGACCUACACAAACCGGACCCACUGGAAAACAUAGCAUACAUCGCAUCAGGGUAUAAGGACACCAUGCAUGGAUGAUCUAUGCUCUGUUUUGAGCAAUUAAUUCGAUCGGGGAUGUCCGGGUAGAUCAACAUCACGUUGAAGACAUCAAAACAAGCCGGGGUUUACUGCAAAAAACGGAGCCUCAGCCUUAAGCGGAUAAGUUGAAAUCCCACUCUCAAAUGUAUUAAUACCUUGCUAAGAUCAAUCGUUGAUGGAUAAAAUGAGUGGUUAUCGCGUAACGCUGAGACCUGACCUGUCUAUCGUGACAGCGGAUGACGAGGACGGGUGGGCGAGGGAACGAGCGGGCGAUACGGAACAGUGUGGCCAUCAGCAAGCUCUCACCGGGACCAUGUCGGUGCUCGUCAAACCGGGGCGCGCGGACACAGCUGGUUGCUGUCUGACGGACACCGCAGGGCCAGUCGCGUGGGCGCGUUGUAAUGAGGAGCGCGUGGAGCCAGGACCUGGCGUCAAAGAGAGGGCGCGGGAGGUCGACGAGUUGGUCGGCGACGCAGCAGCAGGUGUGCUGAACACCUCCGAGCAGCCCUACCGAUUCCGCGGGGAUCCGAACGGGACUAGUAAAACGCCCGGGAGCGGCUGCCGCGGCGCACUUGAAGGGGAGAGCUCGCUCGAGGGUUGCCCUAGUCAGCACUCGCGGAGCCCCGGUGUCAACGUGUCCUCUCAGAACCAGAAACCGAGGAAAAAAGACAGCUCGCUCUUCGUCAUGCCGGACCACGACACUCAUGGAUAUACUUACUGCCGGGAAGGCCGGGGUAACAUUACACGGGACUUUUUCAAUAACCGAGAAGCCCUCUUGUGCCGUGGAAGAUCCAACUUGGUGGCCAGGAUACAAUAUUGGAUAUGGGCGUUCAUCCUUCUGUGGAACACACACGUGUUGCAUGCUCAAGGCGAAGUGGCGCCGUCCUUCCAGACGGAGCCGGGGGUCCAGCAGGUGUCUCUGGAGGGGAACCGGCUGGUGCUGACCUGUCUGGCCACGGGCAGCUGGCCGCUCGAGUACAAGUGGAUCCGCAACGGAACCGACAUCACGCCAUUCACACCUGAGUACAGGUUCUCUGUGCUCUCAGUGGAGCGCUCUGAUGCGGGGGUGUACCAGUGUGUGGUGAGGAACAGGAUGGGAGCUCUCAUCCAGCGCAGGGCUGACGUGCAAGUAGCCUGGAUGAAGUUGAGAAGAGCGAUCACACUGGAGAAUCAGCUGGUUGUCCUGGCGACCACGGUGGCGGACGCAGGCCGAUACUACGUGCAGGCGGUGAACGAACGCAACGGAGAAAACAAGACCAGCCCCGCCCUCUACCUGAGCAUAUCCAUGAAAAAGAGGAAUCGUGCUCCUCCCGAACCCAAUGCCCCCACUGAUCCGGUCGCCCCGGCAAUAGUGAUCAGUCCCAAGAACACGUCCGUGGUCGCCGGGGCGAGCGAAGCCACGUUGGAGUGUGUCGCUAACGCCAGGCCUGUGGAGCGUCUGCAGCUGGUGUGGAAGCGUGCGGGGGUGCGGGUCACUCAGGGCGUGGGGGCGUUCGGCCGCCGCCUCACCGUCUCCAACCCCGCGCAGGCCGACGCCGGACUCUACGUGUGCGAGGCCCUCCUCCGCAACAGCACCUUCAGGACCGCCGAGGCCCGCGCAUACCUCACCGUCUUAGAGGCACCCUAUUUCACAUAUGAGCCCAAACAGAGGCUGAUGGUGGAAGUGGACAAAAGCGUGGAGAUCCGCUGCCAGGCCAGAGGUGUACCUGCCCCAAAGCUAGAGUGGUUUAAGGAUGCGGUUCCCCUGGCGACCCUCAACAACACGCGCUACAAGCUGACCGCCAGCAGCUUGCAAGUGAGGCGGGUGCAGCCGGAAGACUCCGGAAUCUUCCAGUGCUUCAGCCGGAACGCCGCGGGAGAGGUGGAGGCCCACACACACCUCAUAGUCACCAGCCUGGCACCCUACUUCACCGUCACCCCCUCUGACAUCACAGUGACGGACGGCACCUCGGCGCUCUUCGUCUGCCAGACGUCAGGCGCCCCCAAACCAGCCAUUGUGUGGAAGAAAGGCUCUCAGGUCCUGGCCAGCGGCUCUGUCCAGAUCCCGCGCUUCACGCUGCUGGAGUCGGGCGGCCUUCAGAUCGAGCCCAUCGUCCCCGGCGACGCCGGAAACUACACCUGCUACGCCGCCAACACCGAGGGAGCGGUCGACGCCACCUCGGCGCUCACCGUCUGGAGUCGCACAUUCAUCUCACGAGAGCCGGAGGACCAGCGUGUCAUCAAGGGCACCACAGCUGUGCUGGACUGCGGGGCGACCUAUGACCCCAGAGUGACUGUCAGGUAUGUGUGGAAGAAGGGUCCGCGGCAGGUGAGCCUGACCCCCGGGGGGCGUAUCUCGGUGCGGGACGGGGCGCUGCACCUGAGUCAGACCUGGUCCGGGGACAUCGGGGACUACACCUGCAAGGUCAUCUCCCAGGCCGGCAACGACACCAAGACGGCUCGCCUAGAAGUCAUUGAGCUGCCCCACUCCCCCCGGAACCUGCAGGCGGCGCUGAACGCCACGGACAGCCGGACGGUGCACCUCUCCUGGGUGCGGCCCUUCGACGGCAACAGCCCCCUUCUCCACUACAUCAUAGAGCUCUCGGAGAACAUGCGGAAGAAGAGGGGGAUAUGA